UGGGAGAGUCGGUGGAGCGCGCGGGAAAGGGACCGCUAUAAACUGUGGCGGGAGAUUCGUUUUCUGGGCCUUGUCCCGUGAAACAUCUUCUUCGGCUGGAGAGUCAGUUGCUCUCCUCUUGAGUUCGAACAUGGUGCGGACUAAAGCAGACGGUGUGCCUGGCAGCUACAGAAAAGUGGUGGCUUCUCGAGCCCCCAGGAAGGUGCUUGGUUCCUCGACUUCUGCCGCUAAUUCCACGCCGCUUUCCUCAAGGAAAGCUGAAAAUAAGUAUGCAGGAGGGAAUCCAGUUUGUGUGCGCCCAACUCCCAAGUGGCAAAAAGGAAUUGGAGAAUUCUUCAGGCUGUCCCCUAAGGAUUCAGAAAAAGAGAAUAGAAUUCCUGAGGAGGCAGGAAGCAGUGGCUUGGGAAAAGCAAAGAGAAAAGCAUGUCCUUUGCCACCUGAUCACACAGAUGAUGAAAAAGAAUAGAACUUUCUUAUUCACCCUUGACUGAUGUCUCCUGUUUACUCUGGUAUUCUAGGAUGUAAAUUUGCAUAAAUGUUUUUGUUCCAGUUAGUUUUGUUGAGUAGGCAUUUAACUUAAAAAAUGAGGCUUACAUUUAGUUAUUCAAAAGCAAGUAGUUAUGACAUUGGAAAGUUUGUAAGAUUAAUUACGGUUAACACAGUAUUUGGUUUCCUUUACCUAUUAUUAAGCUUUUUCUUGCUAAAAUUAUUACAUGAUAUUCUAAUUAUGAAUCUGCUGUAUUUGAGAUUUGCUUAGAUCUUUGUACUGUUGCCAUUUUAUUGGCAUUUGAUUAUUGGAAUGAUGCCAUAUUUUUCUUCCUUUUAUUUGCUUUAAAAAAGCAGAGGUAGAUUUUUGCACAUUUAAAAAGUAAUGUUAAUUAAACUGAACCUGUACCCUUUUUAAGAAAGGUGGCCAAAAAGGCAAUGUUGCAAAAAUUUGGAUGGCUGUCUACCUUCUCCUUAGAAAAAUUUAAGGGCAGUUUGGUCCUAAGGUUUAAAGGAUUAAUAAAGCUUCUGAAAACAACAGCAAAACUAUAUAAUUUUUUUAUAUUGGAAUAGUGGAAUUCCAAUAUAGUGGAAUCAGACAGGAAAAUUCCAUAGACUACUUUAAAAGAGAGGAAUUUCCCUAGAAUAUACCUUUGCUUUAGUGUGACAAAAUUACCCUUUGGGCCUAUGCUUUUAAAGCUGGAAAUCAAUAAAACAUGAAAGACAGAUCGUGCCAUAAACCCAGAACUGUCUAAAGUCCUUAGAGCUACUAUCAUGCUUUUCAAGAUAACCGGGGGUAUAAUCGAAAUGGGUAUAGUAGUACUUAGUAACUGAUAUUUUUCUUCCUCAUAAGACUUUUUGCUGACCUCCUGUUAUCAAAGUUAGCCAUGUUUAACAGACAUACUUUUCUGAAGUUUGUUUUUAAUAAACGAAUACUUAUUUUCAUAAAACUA